AACCGGGCCUUACGCUUGAACCCGUAAGAGGCGGGUUCAAGCCACGCGUCGGGCGGUGAGUGGCUUCUCCUUUCCGCGUCGAAGAGGAAGAAAGGAGGGGAUACGCGUGAACCAGUUCAUUUCUCUCAUCAGUGAAAAAAGCUAGGGUUUUUUCUCUCCGAGGCGAUAAUCGACGCCGUGGCUUCUCCGUCGUUAUUUCUCCAUCAAAUCGAAUCCGCUUUCUCUUCUCCACACUCUUAGAUGGAUCCGGCAGAGGAGAGAAGACAUUCAAAGAGGCAACAGGAUCACAUAAACAUGCUAGGGUUCGUCAGCGAUUCAGAGUACGGGAUUCCCAAAAGGUGUCCAUGUGGUGGGAGAAUCAUCGAUGAGGUACGCCGGAAGGACGAGUACGACUCUCUUCCGGGGAAGCGGUUCUUCACAUGCAAGAACUACGAGGCUGAUGGAUUCCACUAUCGUCAGCCUUGGGUGAUAGGUGUGCAGGAGGAGAUCGAAAGGUUGACUAAGCGGGUGGUGGAGGCUGAAGAAGUGAUGUUGGGGUCGUCGAAUCUCUGUAAACUGAUCGACAGACUGGAGGAUCAGGUUAAAAUGCUCUCUGAGCAGGUAGAUGACCUCACAGUUCAGGUUGCUACGUUGGAGAAGGUCUGCUUCGAAUGAAACCGAAGGUAAGA